UCACCAGCGUUCGAGCAGGGAAGACAGUCGGAGUUGUCCGUGAAGCUGAACAGACAGUUGGAGAGAUGCCUGAGGAACUCCAAGUGCAUCGACAUCGAGUCCCUGUGCGUGGUGUCUGGAGAAAAGGUGUGGCAGAUCAGGGUGGACGUCCACAUGCUGAACAACGACGGGAACUUGAUGGACGCCUCCAGCAUAGCCGCCAUCGCCGCCCUGUGCCACUUCAGGCGGCCCGACGUGGCCGUCCAGGGAGAGGAGGUCACAGUGUACAGUCCAGAGGAGAGGGAUCCCAUCCCGCUGAGCAUCUACCACAUGCCCAUUAGUGUCAGCUUCUCCUUCUUCCAACAAGGGUAAUCCUCUUCUCCUUAUCGAUUAAAAAACCAUCGUUUAGGGAUAUCCU